AUGGCCACCAACGGCGAUUCGAAGCACCCAGCAAGCCUUACUCAUCUGGCAGCAAGACGUAUUCGUCAAAUUGCGACUGAAGAGCUGUCUCAGCAACUGUAUGACAAGGCGACCUUCUGCAUUAUUGAUUGGCUUGGUGCAGUGCAUACUGGCCUGUUGCUGCCAUGGAAGGACGCGCUGGUGAAGUAUGCGAAACUGAAUCGUGGGAUAGCAGAGGCAUAUGCAUGGGGCAUUGACGGAGAUGUCUCGACUGAGACGGCGGCCUUCGUAAAUGCAACGUUAGCACAUAGUGCCAUCCGGGAUGACAUGCACCUCGAGGCAUGUUCCCACAUUGGUUCGAUUGUAAUUUCAGCUGCUCUUGCCCUCGCCCAGCGCGAGAGAUGGUCUGGAGAGAAGCUAUUGCGGGCGAUCAUUGCCGGCUACGAAAUGGCCGCGCUUCUUGGAUCAGCGAUCCGUCACCGUGGGAAUUUCAACGCGCACUUCCGUCCUAGUGGCCUCAUUGGCGCCUUUGGAGUCGCAGCGGCAGCGAUCGCGGCAGAAGGAGUGGAAGAAACAGUUGCUGUAAACGCGCUCGGCUUUGCCGUCAGUAUGGCUGCUGGUACCAACGAAUGGGCCUGGAGUGGAGGCACCGAGAUCUUCGUUGAAAUGGGUGUGGCAAGCCGGGCUGGUAUUGCCAGCUUCGAUCUGGCAAAUGCUGGCUUCGAAAGCAGCGACACAGCCCUUGAAGGCAAGGAUGGCUUUUUCAAUGCGCUCGGGGUUGGACCUGCUGGAGCAGAGGAUUUCAAAGAUUGGAUCGAGAAAUAUCCUAUUGGCAAAGGCGUCCUGGACGUGCGUUUCAAGCCGGUUGCUGGAUGCAACUACGCCCAAACGACUUCUGCAGUUGCUGUUCGGAUUUACCAGAAGCAUAAACUGGGCGAAAUCGACCGCAUUCAGAUCACCGCUACCACGCAAGCAGUAAAGUACCCAGGAUGUGACAACGCAGGUCCUUUGAACACCAUUCAAAACACAAAGAUGAGCAUCCAGUUUGGAGUAUGCGCUGCCCUAAGUUUUGGCAAAUUGGACGAGGACAUUUUCAAGUGCUGUGAUGACAAGCGAGUCAACGAACUCAUCUCAAAAUGUGGGCUAGAUGCAAGCUCCGAGUAUGACAAGAUGUAUGCGCGGGGACUUCAGCCGGCAAUGGUGGAGGUCACGCUGGCAGAUGGUACGGUGCUUCGAGAAAGUGCUGAGGAUGUGCCAUGGUUGACCGAAGGUGAUGUUGAAGCUCGCUCCAUCUCGGAGCAAGCACGAGAUAUUUCAAAAGAUGCAGCAGUGAAGGUUGUCGAGGCGUGCAAGGGAUUAAGAGAUCUUGCGCAGGGGGAUGAGCUUCUCGUACACCUCAGGUCAAGGCGGUGA